GGUAGCUCCGUAAAAUCCUUUUUCAGACGCAGCUAUCCGGCCUUGUGAGAUUUUGUCCCUCCGAUCUUAUAGGACUAUCAACCUACAAGUCAUAAAAAAAACCAAAAACCCCCUACGAAGUAGAAACCCACCGGCGUUUAGACCAGCUGGCUUAUACUGGGCACAAGGAAGAAUCUAGGAGGUGCCUCAAGAUGAAUCUGGGCACGAAAACAUUAAUAUGUUUCGCUUAUCUGCUUACCCGGUAAAUAUUGGUUCUGUAUAAUGAAAUGUUACCUCAGCUAAUAAAACGAUGGUGGUGAUAACGUUAAAAACACGACUCAAGUGCCGUGAAGAUCCCUGUCCCACCUACCAGAUCAAGGGAUUCUGCGUCACAUACAUUGUUCAUGCAUUGUUCAUGCGUUUAUACCCUCGUACGAUUGUUAUUAGCCACUUCCUGUGCUUCGGGUGCCUUUCAUACCUGGGACCUGGGCACCGCGUUGCACCGAGCUACGUGAGGGAUACGUACAUAUAUAUAUAUUGUGGUUUCUGCCAAGCAACACUUACAUAUGUAUUGUGGUCUCUGCCAAGCAAUACUUACGCAAUUUGUGUCGUUACCCUUGCCCGUGAUAUCUCGUCUAUGCGAACUGUUUCCAAGAUAUCGACACACAGAAAGGGGAAGGUCGGCGGUUGGGCCAAUGAGCAUCUCGCAAUCAUGUCCUCCUAUCGACUCCUUCACGCACAUGCAGCACGAGAUAUAAACAUGGAAUAGCCUGUAUCUCGGAUAUCAACUGAGCUGGUCGUUAGGCAGUUGAUUUG